GGAGAACACGGAGACGCGGGCGGUGCGCCUCUGGACACUAAGACAACCACAUCGUCAUCUCAGGGGCUGCAGUUCACCAGAUCGAAGUUGUUGGGUCUCCAUCCGCACGCACCGAUUGCAGAAGAACAUGAUGCUACACCAUACUCCGGGCUAUGGUGGAGCAAAGUGAGACUGGCUCUGCGAGAACCAUUCGCGGAGUUCUUUGGCGUCAUGAUCCUAGUCUUGUUUGGCGAUGGUUCAGUGGCUCAGGUACUCCUGGGUGCCAAUGACAAAACUGCUCCUGGCGGGAACGGAUAUGGAGGAUACCAAUCUAUCUCAUGGGGUUGGGCCAUCGGCGUGAUGUUGGGAGUGUAUGUGGCUGGUGAUUCUGGAGCAUACCUGAACCCAGCGAUUACCUUUACCAACUGCCUUCUCCGCAAGCUCCCGUGGCGAAGGUUUCCGGUGUACUUCCUAGCGCAGUUCCUCGGCGGUCUGGUCGCUGCUGGCAUCAUAUACGGCAACUACGUCAACGACAUCAAUGCUUUCGAAGGCCAUGGAAUCCGUACAGUGCCUCCGAGCCCGACAGCAACUGCGGGAAUCUUUUGCACAUAUCCCAAGGCGUACAUGACCAAAGCCAGCAUGUUCUUCUCCGAGUUCAUUGCCAGUGCGAUUCUGAUGUUUGUGAUCUUCGCUCUCAAGGACGACACAAAUAACGGGGUGUCCCGCGGAGGAGGCAAUUGGUUCCCGCUUGGGCUGUUCUUCUUGAUCUUCGGAAUCGGGGCAUGCUUUGGUGUUGAGACAGGUUAUGCAAUCAACCUUGCCAGGGAUUUUGGACCUCGUCUCAUGUCCUACUUCCUCGGAUAUGGCCACGAGGUCUGGUCCGCUGGGGGCUACUACUUCUGGAUUCCAAUGGUAGCACCGUUCUGUGGAUGUGCGUUCGGAGGCCUUAUCUACGAUGCGUUCAUAUACACGGGACCGUGUCCGCUCAACACAGAAUGGCUAGGCUUCAAGGACAUGAUUCAUCCUCGUCAUGCAAUUGAGGAACGAAUCCGAAUGCAGAAGAAGGAGGGACUUGUCUAG